AUGGAACGCAACCCCAGUAGAUGGCACAGGCAUCCAAUGAGCAUUUGCAGCAGUGGCAUGACACUUCAAAUUCCCACUGGACUAUGCAGCAGUGGCAUUGUCAAUAUUGGAAACCGCAAGAAAAACAGGACAUGCCACCAGCAAAUGACAGGACAGAACACAAUAGAGCACAUCAAGACAAUGUUCCCACUCUUCUGGAGAGAAAAAGAAUUGCUUAAAUUGAUCCGUGAGGAACAAAGGGAGUACCAGAAAUUUGAAAUUGGAGACAUUGUCAUGGUGCGGAAACAAGUACAAUCAAACGCCUCUGCAGGAAUACCAGCAAAACUGGUUUUGCAAACGAAAGGACCCUGUAGAGUCAUUGAGAAAGCGUCAUAA